GUUGAAUCUACAAAUAUGACAACUAGAAGACCGUUUAACAACACGGAAUUAAAAACCAUUCUGAUGUGGAGUAACUGGGAUUCAACUAUGGCAGAUAAAAUUUUAGUAAAUUCUCAAUGUCUCGUAACUUCAUGCCUUUUUACGUCUGACGUAACGUUGUUAAAUCAAAGUGACAUAGUCGUGAUUUAUAUCGAUACAUCAACAAAUUUUCCUGUUGACCGCCAUUCCCACCAGCGGUUUGUUUUUUUUAACCUCGAGCCACCAUCGUAUUCGAGUGUAGCCAAGAUAAGUGAUCCCCGUGUACGUUAUGGAUAUUUUAAUUGGACAAUGACCUACCGUUGGGACUCGGACAUAGUUCAUCGUGCUGAUUAUGGGUUUAUUAUAAAAAAGUCAUUACAAAAAACACAAAAGGCCGAGCAUGCUCGUGCAAUUAACAUGCUUAUCAAAGGCAAAAAAAAGUUGGUGGCUUGGUUCGUAUCCAACUGCAUCACAACAAUCCGGCGUGAGGAGUAUGUUCAGCAGCUGAGUCAGUACGUACAAGUAGAUAUUUUCGGUUCCUGUACUAUGCGGAAUUGCUCGUCUAUGUGUUAUGAUAUGUUACGCUACGAUUACAAAUUUUAUCUGGCUUUUGAGAACUCAUGGUGCACGGAUUACGUUACAGAAAAGUUUUACAGAAGUCUCAAAUACGAUGCUGUUCCCAUUGCUAUGGGUGGUGCUGAAUACAAUCGUUACGCACCUGCUAAUUCUUUCAUCAAUGCCAUGAAUUUUGCGACCCCUCAAAAGCUUGCUGAAUACCUUUCACUUCUGGAUAGAAACAAUACGUUGUAUUCAAAAUAUUUUGACUGGCAAAACAAUUAUGAAAUUGCAAUACCAUACAAUCGUGGCUUGUGCGAUCUGUGUCGCAUGGCCCAUGAAAAGGAGUUGCCUCCAAAAGUUUAUUGGGAUAUAAAGAGUUGGUGGUUUGACAAAGCUAAUUGUAAAAAUAGCUCAGAUUACUUCUCCCUGACGCAAUGAGAAGCACUGCCGCUAAAGAUUGUUAUUUUUGUCUAAUUUUAAAGAAGCCUUUAAUGCAUUGCAGAAAAAGAAAUCGAACGGUCUUUCACCGUUUUCCUCGAAAGGCAGCUACCAAUGAACACUAUUAGCGAACGAGGCGGUUAUAUUGCCUGGGGCCAAUUCUUCAUUUAUAAAUUGCAUGGGUACUUUUUGAAUUUAAAAUAACACAUUUUAACUUUU